AGUGUUUUAUUAGGCACCUGCUGUGUGCCAGGCUCUCCCUGGAGGUACUUUCCAGGCUCUGGAAGAUUCAGGGCAGGUCUGGAGGGGAAAUGAGGAUGGGAAGGAGAAAGCAGCACUCCCUCCCCCCUCCAAUAUCCCUAAACCCAGGAGCCCGCGCAAAAGACUCCAUUUCCCAGAAUGCCUCUGUUGUGACUCAUGUAAACCGUGGCCCUCCCCCUUGGAAGACUAUUUCCCAGAAUGCCUAGGAUCUGCGGUUAAACAAACCUUGGAAGUCUCAGCAAACGGAAAGCAUGCAGCUGUGUUUCAGGAACCUCUGCUGGGGGUCAAUAACAUUCAAGGAUGUGGCUGUGGACUUCUCCCAGGAAGAGUGGUGUCUACUGGACCAUUCUCAGAAAGCCCUGUACCUGGAGGUCAUGCUGGAGAAUGUGCAGAAUCUACUCUCUGUGGGGCUUCCAGUUCCUAGAGAAAAUUUUAUCUCCUGUUUUCAGCAAGGGAAAGCACCAUGGCUGCUAGAGCAAAAAGACACAAGGAACUCCUGCCUAGAGGCAGAGACUAAUUUUAAAUUGAAGGAGUUGUCUGCAAAGGUGAGCCUUUUUUUGGAAGGAUCUGGCCCCCAACAAUGCAUGAGUAAGGAUCCUCAUGGCUUCCUUUUGAGAGAAAUUUGUGACUCUACUAUCAAGGUAAAUCAAAAUCCAAAGAGCGGCAGUGAAUUUAAUGGAACUAAAGAGAAAUUCAGCCAAUAUUCAGUCCUAACUCAAUAUAUGAAAUUGACCUCAGGAAAUGAUUAUUGUCAGGAUAGCAAAUAUAGGGAAAGCUUUCUUGAAGAAGUACAACCUGUUGAGUCACAUGAGAAACCUGAAAUGCCCAUGUAUCAAGGUAACCUAGGAGGAAUGACCUUUAGCUGGAAUUCAGACCUCAUUAGACAUCCAAAAAAUAAACAUGUCGAGAUGGUUUCUGUGAUUCAAAAAUGUGGGAGACCUUUCAAUGAGAACUCAGAGCUUACUGCACUUCAGAGAAAUAAUACUAUAGAGAAAUCUUAUGAAUGUAAACAAUAUGGAAAGGCUUUUACAAUGAGGGGAAAUCUUGUUGCACAUCAGAGAAUCCACAGUGGAAAGAAACCUUAUGAAUGUAAAGAAUGUGGAAAGGCUUUCACACAUAAGUGCUCUCUUGUGAGACAUCAGAAAAUUCACACUAUAGAGAAACCUUAUGAAUGUAAACAGUGUGGAAAGUCUUUCACACAGAGGGGCAGUCUUGUUAUACAUCAGAGCAUCCACACUGGAGAGAAACCUUAUGAAUGCAAACACUGUGGAAAGGCUUUUAGAGAGAGGAAAUUUCUUGCUAAUCAUGAGAGCAUCCACACUGGAGAGAAAUGUUAUAAAUGCAAACACUGUGAAAAGGCUUUCUCUGAGAGAAGCAAUCUUGCUACACAUCAGAGCAUCCAUACUGGAGAGAAACCUUAUGAAUGUGAACAGUGUGGUAAGGUUUUCAGAAGGAGGGGUAGUCUUACUACACAUCAGAGAAUCCACAAUGGAGAGAAACCUUAUGAAUGUACACAGUGUGGAAAGGCUUUUACAAUGAGGGGAAAUCUUUCUGCGCAUCAGAGAAUCCACAGUGGAGAGAAACCUUAUAAAUGUAAACAAUGUGAAAGGGCUUUCGCACAGAAAUGCUCUCUUAGUAGACAUCAAAGAAUUCACACUGGAGAGCAACCAUAUGAAUGUAAACAGCAUGUAAAGGCUUUCAUAAAGAGGCACCAUCUUGCCAGAAAUCAGAGCAUCCACACUGGAGAGAAGCCUUAUGGAUGUAAACAAUGUGGAAAGGCAUUCAGAUAUAAGAGGCUCCUUGCUGAACAUCAAAGCAUACACACUGGAGAGAAACCUUAUAAAUGCAAACACUGUGGAAAGGCUUUUAGAGAGAGGAGAUUUCUUGCUAUGCAUGAGAGCAUCCACACUGGAGAAAAACUUUAUAAAUGCAAACACUGUGAAAAGACUUUCUUUCAGAGGAGCUAUCUUGCUACACAUCAGAGCCUUCACACUGCAGAGAAACCUUAUGAAUGUAAACUGUGUGGAAAGGUUUUCACACAGAGGGGAAAUCUUUCUACACAUCAGAGAAUCCACAGUGGAGAGAAACCUCAUGAAUGUAAACACUGUGGAAAGGCUUUCACACAGAGGGGCCAUCUUGCUGCACAUCAGAGAAUCCACAGUGGAGAGAAACCUUAUGAAUGUAAACAAUGUGGAAAGGCUUUUACACAGAAGAGCUCUCUUGCUAGACAUUGGAGAAUUCACACUGUAGAGAAACCUUAUGAAUGUAAACAGUGUGGAAAGACUUUCACACAGAGGGGCAGUCUUGUUACACAUCAGAGCAUCCACACUGGAGAGAAACCUUAUAAAUGCAAAUACUGUGGAAAGGCUUUUAGAGAGAGGAAAUUUCUUGCUAACCAUCAGAGCAUCCACACUGGAGAAAAACGUUAUAAAUGCGAACAGUGUGAAAAGACUUUUUCUGAGAGGAGCAAUCUUGCUGCACAUCAGAGCAUCCACAGUGGAGAGAAACCUUAUGAAUGUAAACAGUGUGGAAAAGCUUUCAGACAAAGGGGCAGUCUUGCUACACAUCAGAGAAUCCACAAUGGAGAGAAACCUUAUGAAUGUACACAGUGUGGAAAGGCUUUUACAAUGAGGGGAAAUCUUGCUGCACAUCAAAGAAUCCAUAGUGGAGAGAAACCUUAUGAAUGUAAACAAUGUGAAAAGGCUUUCGCACAGAAGUGCUCACUUGGUAGACAUCAAAGAAUUCACACUGUUGAGAAACUUUAGGACUGUUAACAGCAUGUAAAGGCUUUCAUAGAGAGGGAUCAUCUUGCCAGAAAUAAGAACAUCCACACUAUAGCGAAACCUUAUUAAUUUAAACAGUUUGGAAAGGCUUUCACACAGGGACAGUCUUGCUACACAUCAGAGCAUCCACACUGGAGAGAAACUUUAUAAAUACAAAAACUGUGAAAAGGCUUUCUCUGAAAGGAACAAUCUUGCUGCACAUCAGAGCAUCCACAAUGGAGAGAAAUCUUAUGAAUGUAAACAGUUGUACUAGGGAAAUCAAAAGGAACCAAAGUUUGACAGGUACUUGAGAGAGAGGGAACAGAUAAAGAGUAACACCAAUUCUCCCUCCCCCCCAGGCAGAGCUGUUUAAACAAUGGAGUCAGAUCUGACUAGUGUUUAAGGGAAAAAGAAAAUCCCCUAUAGUCUCUUCUUUAGUUGAUGUAUUUGUAAUCCCCCUUGUAGUACAUUUAAGAUGUCUGAGUAGCUAUUUAUUGAAUAAAGGGUUAGGGUAUAAAUGAGGAAAGAGGAAACAGGAAGUCCCUGACUUAUCCCUAUCCUAUAGAUGUCUAAAGGGUCUUGAGGCACAAGUCUGGGGACUAAGUUCCAGACUAUCUUAAUGUCUUUGUAGAUUCAAGAUGAUGGUAUCUUAUCUCAGAGAUACAGUUUUGAAUGAGUCUUCUAAAGAAUAGGCUGUUGCCUUCCCUGAAGGAAAAAAGUCUAUCCCAGCACUGUAAAACAGAUUGCUAUUCUGGAUCUUUUGCUGCUCAACAAAGGAUUUAGUAGAUUUGUAGGCUCAGUAAGGAUUUUACUCCUUCCCUCUUCAAGUUAAAGACAGAGAAAUGCCAGCAGUCCCCAAAUGCUCUUCCUUUUCUUAGCUGGAAUGUUCCAUUCUCAUCCCCCAUUGGUAGUCAGUCUUCUAUCUCAAUCUUUCAUGAGAUAACCUUGUAAAAUCCAAUCCUUGCAUUCAUUUUAGCAUUUCUCUCUUCCACACAGUAUGGAAAGGCUUUCAGAUGGAGGGGCAAUCUUGCCAUCAGAGAAUCCACACUGUAUAGAAACCUUAUGAAUGUAAACACUGUGGAAAGGCUUUCAUAGAGAGGGACCAUCUUGCCAGAAAUUAGAGCAUCCACAAUGGAGAAAAACUUUUAUUGUAUAGGACAAAAGCUUGCUUUAUUUUCCACCUUGCAUAAAUUAGUAUUAGUAAUUUUUGAUUGGCAACUUCCUAUAGAAUAUUAGUGAAAGUUCAGUGCCCUUCAGAAGGGAGAUACUAAUUUCUCCUUAUGAAAAUAGAGAAAUUCCCUUCUCCUGCAGUUUCUUAUAUGCAUGAGACUAUACACCUUCAAUUAACUCUUUUUUAGUGUGGCCAAAACCUCUUCCUUUUAGAAAUUAUUAUGGACUAAGUGGUUAGAUUCUCUUUGUGUGAAGGAAAUCAUGGAGUGGAUUGGGUCACAAGAAUAGAAUGGCACCAGGAAAAAGACAGCAAUAGAGUCAAGAAAUUAGGAGACGGGGGCCACGGCAGAUGUCCCAUACACGGCACCCUAGAGUGCCCCUCUGGGAAGCCCAGGCAAAAUAGAAAGGUACUGUUGGUUCCUGAGAUAUUGAUAUGUGAGGGUUAGUGGAAAAAGAAAAAGUUUGAUAAACUAAGGGAAGAGUAUAUUUCACUCUCUUCUCUUUCAGUUUUGUUGAUUGCAGGACUUUCCUGUGAGCAUGGCUGGGGGUCCUAAUGACUGAGACAGAAUAGCAAGCUAAAUUGAGCAACCAGGAAAGUAACUUGCAUAUCUCUCCUCUUUUCCCCUCUUUUCUGAGGUCCAGAGAUAUAAGGGACAGCCACAAGGCCACUGCUCACCUGCCACCAUAGCAUCCCCAAUAUUUGCUUUUCUCCCUAGAACUGUCACCAGUCCUGAGAGACCCUGCUUUCUUGCUUAAGAUCCCACAAGCCAGUAUACCCACCACCUACUGACUAACAGUAAAAAUGCAGGCAAUUUAAAAAUAAAUAAAAUAGGGUUAAAGCGAAUGAUGAAAUUAAACAUAAUUAAAGAAAACAAAAAUUUAUAAACUUAAAGGAAAUUCAAUAAAAUCAAGUUCAACAAAAUUAAUAAAAUAAAGUAAAAUAAUAAGUACACAAAAUUAAUUGACAUGGUACACCAAUUCUGUAAUCCAUCAUUUCAAAACUUCUUGCCUUGCAUUGAUUUCUUAUUUAAGGCUAACAUCAAAGUCCAGUUUUGUUGCCUUUUAAAAUAAACUUAAAGGAAAUAGUGUCUACACUUUUUAUUAAUUAGAAAUGGUUUGUAAUUCUUCAAUCAUUUGAUUUUGUACAAUUCACUUGUGGGCCCUAGGGUCAGUACCACAUACCUGCUGCAGUGACCAUAACACUAAACUGCCCCACCCCCCAAGUUGGGGUUUCUUUUCUGCAGAAGUAGUAGCCGUAGCAGGAGCCCAAAACAAAUAGGGAAGAAAAACUAGGAAUUUUUCUAAAUUUAGAUAACAAAAAUAGUAGCUUCUAACUAGAUAAUCAACCAAUACUAUGAAGCAUUGUAUACAUUUCUAAGUGAUUUGGAUGAACCAAGAUUUCCUAAAGAGCACUGGAUGUCAAGGAAGGAGACAAAGAUGCUGUGGGAAGCCUAUACAUUGAAGCAUUGGCCCCACUUUGGCUCUUUUUUCUUUAUAUUCUAAAAGAACUGAAAUAAAUUAUUGGCAGGGAGGGUUGUAGAGAAUAUUCCAACUUGUGGUUAUGUCACCUUGAUGGUUCAACCAUGGUGUAUGACCAAUAACCUCUUGGUUAAAUUUGAAAAAACUGACACCUAGCUUCUUCCCAGUUCACCUGCCAUGAGGCUACUCCUUGUCUUGAUCCAGGCCAUCCUGACUCCUUCAGUACCUCCCUCUAACAUGCCUUUCUCACCUCCCAGCCCAUCUUUGAUACCAUUACUCUGUUCCCCCUUUACUGGCUAACUUGUGGCCUGCCCAUGCUUGCUCUUGCUGUUCCCAGUCUCUGCCUUACUCUGCCCACCUUCUCUCUUGUCUUGUCCUGCUUUCCCCUCCCCACUGCCCAGCCUCACCAUUUCCUCCCCUCACUCAGCUUUUCCCAUUCCCUCUCCCUCUUCCUCUCCUCCCUAACCCCUCAUCCCACUAGACCUCUCAUUAUGUCUCCUCCAAGUUCCCCCACCACACCCUGACAUUUUGGUCUGGCUCUCUCCAAAUGUAGACUCAAUUUGCUAAGGCCCACUAAAAUGAGACAAAGUCUAAACUUCAGCCAAGGAUGCAAUUCUGUUGCAUUUGUUACAAAGGCUAUAACAACUGUAAAGAUCAGUUCUUUAAAUCACUAGACAUUGAGUGAUACCUUUGAGCUUUUGAGUUUUUUUUUCCAGAUUGCAUAUUAGUAGUUUUGCAGUAACUCUGUUCUUCAAUGAUACAUCUAUCAUCCAGUGGAAUUGCUUUCUCCAGAAGGGGAGAAAGAUGAGGGGUGGGAAAGAUCAUGAAUCAGGUAUUUAUAAAAAAAUAUUCUGAAUAAAUUUUUAAAAAUACUCCU